UAAAAUCAUUUUUCAACUGAUAAACAAGGAAUAGAAAUGAAAUUACUGAUUUCAGCAGUUUUGUGCGCUAUCUUUGCUGGUGUAAACUGUAUCAACUAUAGGAAUCCAGCGAUCCAGCGUCUGCAACAGACCAUGUGCAAGGGUAAAAGCUGUCGAUUUGAACAAGUAUGUGAAAUCAAGAUAGUACAGUGUAUAGUCGCACCAUGUCCUCCUGUAACCUACUGUGCCCCAACAUGGGGAUCUUUAUACAAGGGUGGUGCUUGUCCAGCAGCAGACGACAGCAGUGUCGAAACAGUUCAGUGCUUUGGAGAUUUCGGAUGUGGUAUAAAUAACAACGAUGUUUGCUGCCAUAAUCGUAAUACGAAAAGCUCUUACUGUCACAAAUCUUAACUGUAAAUAAAUAUAA